AUGUCACUCGAGGGUAGCAAACGUAGUCCGGAAGUAGUCACGAGGACCAAUCUAAGGUCCUUCAAACCGGAUCUCUCUCAAGUCUUGGAGUCCUCGUCAUCUCCCGCACCUUCCACUAUCAUCAAUCUCGAUGACCCCACUGUCAAGGCAGCUGAAGCUGCUCCUCACUCACCCACCAUGAACAAAGCUCCUAAAUCACCGGCCUCUCCUACCAUCAUAACCCACCCACCAAGAUCCUGGUCGGUGUCUACACUACCCACAUCAUCAGAAGAAGAAGUCCCAUCUGCUCAAAUCAAUUUAUGGCUACGAAAUAUCACUCAAUCGUCCCAAGGUGAAGGACUAGGGGAUUUGAAAAGAAAGAGAGAAAGCGAGGAAUCUCAAAGAUCAACCCGAGCAAGAAAUGACGAUGAGCCUGGACAGUCUUUGUCUGAAAGACUCGAUGGUCCCGAAAUCAAGGAUUACGAUUCGUAA